ACCUCAUUUUCUUUUUUAAAACUAGUAGUAGUUGGCAGGCCACGCACCGCUAAGCGGCGAUUCAUAUCUAUACAUUCCAAAUUCCGUCCAAUAAACGUGGCCUGAAUCCAGUUGGGUGAAUUUGCUAUGGCUGCAAAGGUUAUGCAUGCUGUUCAAUACGACUCUUAUGGUGUCGGAGCCGCUGGCUUGAAGCAUGUGGAAGUUCCUGUGCCUACUCCGAAUAAGAACGAGGUCUUGCUAAAAGUGGAGGCUACAAGCAUAAAUCCUGUUGACUGGAAAAUUCAGAAGGGCAUGCUUCGUCCACUUCUUCCUUCCAAGUUUCCUUUUAUUCCUACUACCGAUGUAGGAGGAGAGGUUGUAGAGGUAGGAGCUAAUGUAAAAAGUUUCAAGGCAGGUGACAAGGUUGUGGCCAUGCUCAAUACCCUGAAUGGAGGUGGAUUGGCUGAAUAUGCAGUGGCUAAGGAGAGUUUGACUGUUACAAGACCCGCCGAAGUAUCAGCUGCAGAAGGUGCAGGUGUUCUUAUUGCAGGGCUUACAGCUCUUCAGGCCCUCGUCAAUCCUGCUGAGGUCAAGCUUGAUGGAACUGGACCCCGGAAGAAAAUUCUAGUUACGGCUGCCUCCGGUGGUGUCGGCCACUAUGCUGUCCAAUUGGCAAAACUUGGUAACACCCAUGUUACUGCUACCUGUGGAGCCCGCAACUUUGAUUUUGUGAAGAGCUUAGGAGCAGAUGAAGUUCUUGAUUACAAGACCCCAGAGGGAGCAGCUCUUAAGAGUCCAUCAGGCCAAAAAUAUGAUGCAGUGAUUCACUGCACAACAGGCAUCCCUUGGUCUACCUUUGAGCCUAAUUUAAGUGCGAAUGGAAAGGUCAUCGAUCUAACUCCUGGAGCUAGUGCCAUGUGGACCUUUGCAGUAAAGAAAUUAACCUUCUCAAAGAAGCAGUUGGUGCCACUGCUUUUAAUUCCCAAGAAGGAAAACCUGGAAUUGCUUGUUAGGCUUGUGAAGGAAGGCCAACUUAAAACAGUAAUAGACUCCAAACAUCCUCUCAGCAAGGCUGAAGAUGCUUGGAGCAGGAGUAUUGAUGGGCAUGCGACCGGAAAGAUCAUUGUGGAGCCAUAGAGUAGUGGUCUCCCAAACGAUUUUAUGUGUUAUAUAUAUAUAUAUAUAUAUAUAUAUAUAUAUAUGAAUAUGUGGGGAAUAAAAGGUUGGUGAGGCACGUACAUUAUGACCAGUUAUGUCUAUUCAGCUGUAACAACUUUCAUUUCCCGUGUAUGCAUGUGCAGUUUGUCAACUGGCUUUUCCCUUUCAUAAUGCUGUUCCAUUUGGUUUGUCCCAA